AUGAACAUACUUUUAGAAAAAGAUGAAGAUUACUUUUAUUUAAUAUAUCACUCUUCCUAAAAAAAGCAAUUAAACUAGAACAAGACCCUUAUGAUUGGAAAUUAAUAAAAAUUAUAUCUUAGUAAUUUUUCCCAUGUAAUACUGUAGUAUAUGGAUGUCUUACUCAAUAAAAGUUGA